AUGUGAGAUAGUCUUAAACUUAACGGGGGCCUUAGUGAAACUUUAUCCUUUUGAGUCCAGCCCGGCGAUCUAACGAAGGCGCGUCUCAAAAUCUUAAACCCUACAGAGAGAGAGAGAGAGAGAGAGAGAGAGAAUGGGUUUUGGGGCAUUUUGGGGGACUCGAGCAAUGGAGAUCGUGAGGAGGAACAACUCCCCUGGGCUUCUAUGGAAGAAGAUCAAGCUCACCACCACCCGCAAGGCCAACGCCAAGAAGCGCCUCCGCCGAGUCUGGCAGAAUGAGGCCGUGCUGAGGGCUUGUGCUGAACCACCAGCACCACCAAAAACAUCACCAUCAAGUGCUUCUUGAGUUGGUUGAAGGACAUGAAUAUCAAGCAAACCAAAAGGUGCUGUAUACCUCAAGAGCGACUCUAUUGGCUUCUUGGUUCCUAGCUUCCUACAUGAGUUGAGAGGGUGUCAGUUUGGUACCGUUAUUUUGACACUCUUUAUCUCGUCAUAGAAUAAUUUAGCGUAUGUGACAUUUAUCCUUCAAUCACUGUUCUGCAUUGCAUCAUGAUCAACUACAAGCCUCUAGCUUAUGACAUUUUUAAGCAUGUUUUGAUUUUAAAAUUUGUGUUUAUUCAUCCCCCAUUCCAUCUUAAAUUAUCUAUGUAUCUGUUUGGGGAAAUCAAUAGCACCCCAAGGUUGCAUGUUUUUUUCCGAGUAGUCUUACUUUGCA